AUGGCCAACUACACUCUGGUGACAGAGUUCCUCCUGGAGGUUUUUGCUGAGACUUGGGAGCUCAGGAUCCUACUCAGUGUGCUGUUCCUGCUCCUGUACCUGGGCAGCCUGUUAGGAAACCUUAUCAUCAUCAUUGUUACUACAGUUGACCAGACCCUGUACACACCCAUGUACUUCUUCCUCAGGAAUCUCUCCAUUUUAGACAUGUGUUAUGUUUCUAUUACUCUGCCCAAUGCCUGUAUUAACUCUCUCACUGACCACAGGACCAUUUCUCUGGCUGGAUGUGCAGCACAGUUCUUUUUGUUCUUAUUUUGUGCAUUUGUAGAGGUUCAGUUUCUUACCAUCAUGGCCCAGGACCGCUAUGUAGCCAUCUGCAAGCCUCUCCUUUAUCCUGUGAUCAUGAACCAUCAAUUCUGUGUUCAGAUGUCACUGGCUUCCCUACUUACCUCUUUUAUCCUUUCAGGUAUGAACACUUUCAAAACUUUCCAGCUAUCCUUUUGUCACUCUAAUGUAGUCCCUAAUUUCUUCUGUGAUACCCCCUCUUUGCUGAGGCUUUCUUGCACUGACACCUUUAACAACAAACUCUUAAUUCUUCUGAUUGCCAUUGGCCUUGAUGGCAGCUGCUUUACCUUCAUUGCUAUAUCAUACGUUCGCAUAUUAUCAGCUGUCUUGAAGGUUCCUGUCAAAGGAGAAAGAGGGAAAGCCUUUUCCACCUGUGUCCCUCACUUUAUUGUGAUGUCUCUGUUUCUUAGUUCUGGUGCCUAUGCAUAUCUAAGACCUCCAGCAAUCUCAGAAGUAGUUGAGGAUAUGACUCUUUCUGUAAUUUAUACCACUGUUCCUCCAUUCUUAAACCCUGUUAUCUAUAGUCUUAGAAACAAACAGAUAAAGAAGGCUGUGAAGAAAGUAAUAUUCAGAUUUUUUUCAUAGUU